AUGAGUUCCCCGCUUCGCGAGCACCCCUCCUCGGCGAACCGAGGCAUGCCACCUGGUAGAGCCGGCCGGAAGCGAGCCCGCAAUAAUGGUGACGAUGCCGCUUCCUCGGUCGGCGGUGCGUCGAGCCCUAUCAUGCCCUCCUCACCACCCGCCUUCAACAUUGCACAUGGCGGUGACGACGAAGACGACAUCGAGGAGGACGUCGAGAUCCAAGAUGACAUCGACGACCUCGAUGAGAUGGCCGAGGACGAUGUCGACCUGUUCCGGGAGGGCUUUGAGCGAGAUUACAACGACAGGGCCGACGAUGCGUACGAAGGGAUCGACCUCGAUGACGAAGGCGAAUUUGAUGCCAUGAACCUGGGGGACAGGCGCCGCUUGGAGGCCCAACUCAACCGCAGAGAUCGCGAAGUCGCUCGGAGGCAGCGCAUCCCCGCUGCCUUUCUGCCUGGUGAGGACGAUGACCGCGAUAUUGACCUCACGGCCCAGCCCCGCCGCCGCAGGCAUCGGUACGAUGAGGAUCCGGAUGAGGACAUGGACGGCGACAUUAUGGAUGAGGAACUCUCGCUAGAAGCCUUACACGACGUCAAGGCUUCCAGCUUGACCGAUUGGGUGGCCCAACCAGCUGUGCAGCGGACCAUCAAGAGAGAGUUCAAAGCGUUUUUGACCGAGUACACCGACGACAGCGGCUCCUCAGUCUAUGGCAACCGCAUCCGCACGCUUGGUGAAAUCAACGCCGAGUCUCUAGAGGUAUCAUACGAGCAUCUCUCUACCUCAAAAGCCAUCCUGGCCUACUUCCUUGCCAACGCCCCGGCCGCCAUGCUCAAGCUGUUCGACCAAGUGGCCAUGGACGUUGUCCUGCUCCACUACCCCGACUACGAGCGCAUCCACUCCGAAAUCCACGUUCGUAUCUUUGACCUCCCUGUUCACUACACCCUCCGCCAGCUUCGCCAAUCGCACCUCAACUGCCUUGUGCGAGUCAGUGGAGUCGUGACUAGGCGAUCGGGUGUUUUCCCGCAGCUCAAGUACGUCAAGUUUGACUGUGGCAAGUGCGGCAUCACCCUGGGCCCUUUCCAGCAAGAGUCGAACGUUGAAGUCAAGAUCUCGUACUGCCAGAGCUGCCAGUCCCGCGGACCCUUCUCCCUCAAUUCGGAGAAGACCGUCUACCGGAAUUAUCAAAAGCUCACUCUUCAGGAGUCACCGGGCACCGUUCCCGCGGGACGUCUUCCCCGGCACCGCGAGGUGAUUUUGCUCUGGGAUCUCAUUGACAAGGCCAAGCCCGGCGAGGAGAUCGAGGUCACGGGUGUCUACCAGAACAACUACGACGCUCAGCUGAACAACCGCAACGGGUUCCCCGUUUUUGCCACCAUCCUCGAGGCGAAUAAUGUCGUCAAGUCGCACGAUCAGCUGGCCGGUUUCCGCAUGACCGAGGAGGACGAACACAAAAUCCGUCAGCUAUCUAAGGACCCCCAUAUCGUCGACAAGAUCGUCAACUCGAUUGCCCCGAGUGACAUCAACGUGCUGCUCCUCGGCGAUCCGGGUACCGCCAAAUCCCAAGUCCUCAAGUAUGUCGAGAAGACAGCCCACAGGGCCGUCUUUGCCACUGGCCAAGGUGCCAGUGCCGUCGGUCUCACGGCUAGUGUCCGGAGAGACCCGUUGACAAGCGAAUGGACGCUCGAGGGCGGUGCGCUGGUGCUUGCCGACAAGGGAACUUGCCUGAUCGACGAGUUCGACAAGAUGAACGACCAGGAUCGUACCUCGAUUCACGAAGCCAUGGAACAGCAGACCAUUUCCAUCUCCAAGGCUGGUAUCGUCACGACACUUCAAGCCCGUUGCGGCAUCAUCGCCGCCGCCAACCCUAUUGGUGGGCGCUACAACUCAACCAUCCCCUUCUCUGCCAACGUCGAACUUACCGAGCCCAUUCUCUCCCGUUUCGACAUCCUUUGUGUCGUCCGCGACACGGUAGAGCCCGAGGAAGACGAGCGACUGGCGCGCUUCAUCGUCGGUUCUCACAGCCGCAGCCACCCCAUGACGAACCACCACACCCAGGGAACGGCGGCCAGCAAUGGUGAUUCAAUGGACGUUGAGGCCGACUCCGCGCGCACCGACACCCAAUCCACUGCUGCGGAACGCAACAAGGAAGGCGAAAUCCCCCAGGAGCUGCUGCGCAAGUACAUCCUGUACGCGCGCGAUCGCUGCUCGCCCAAGCUCUACCACAUGGAUGAGGACAAGGUUGCCCGCCUAUUCGCCGACAUGCGCCGCGAGAGUUUAGCGACGGGCGCCUAUCCCAUUACCGUCCGUCAUCUGGAAGCCAUCAUCCGCAUCUCGGAGGCCUUCUGCCGCAUGCGGCUGUCUGAGUACUGCACAUCGCAGGACAUUGACCGUGCCAUUGCCGUCACCGUCGAGAGUUUUGUGGGUAGCCAGAAGGUCAGCUGUAAAAAGGCGCUCGCGAGGGCCUUUGCCAAGUACACUCUUGCUCGGCCUGGUCAGAGCCAGCAGAGGAGGGGUGGUGCUGGGAGGGGGAGGGGAGGAAGGCAGGGGGUUGUUUCGGCUUGA